AUAAGCCACAACAUGUCCUCGAGCCUGCCUCGUGUUCCGUCUCGCGAUGCCUCGGAUACGAGCUUCCAGCUCUAUUGGUGCUAUCACUGCCACCGCACUGUGAGGGUCGCCGUAGGAAACCCAUCCGAGCUCGCCUGCCCUAGGUGUCACGGGCAGUUCCUGGUCGAGAUAGAUUAUACCAGGCCUAGGCUCGUGGUCGAUUUCACCCAGUUUGAUCCCUCCCCAGAAGCCCGUCUGCUCGAGGCGCUCUCUCUCAUCCUCGAUCCUCCUAUUCGACGGUUGAGCUUCGUUCCUGAAGACCCUCAGCCUGAGCUUGAGGACCGACCUCGCUCCACAAGGCGAGAGAUCAAUGUGGAAGCUGGGAGGGACCGUACUAACAUAGAAAGUGAGAUAUCAGGGUCCCGGCGGAGGCGCGGACAUAGGAGAAACCGUAGUCUCGACAGAGGAGAAGACUUAGACGCGGAAUCCGACAUUCCUGCUAGACCGAGAACUUGGAUAGUUCUUAGACCCAUCGAUCCUUUUCGACCAAUUAUACCGCCACCAAGAACAAGAAACAUGACGCUAGCGGGAAUCGACCCAAGAGAAUACUUCACAGGGCCAGGCCUAAAUGAGCUUAUAGAAGAACUUACACAAAAUGACCGGCCUGGGCCCCCUCCAGCCCCCGACUCGGUGAUAAAUGCAAUUCCGAUCGUCAAGAUCAAUGAAGGACAUCUUAAAAACGACUCCGAUUGUUGCCCCGUGUGCAAGGAAGAGUUCAAGGUAGGGGGCGAAGCAAGGGAAUUGCCCUGCAAUCAUAUCUAUCACUCUGAAUGCAUCAUCCCAUGGCUAAGGCUCCAUAAUUCCUGCCCAGUCUGCCGGAAGGAGGUGCCGGUCACAUCAAGUUCUGAUUCUCAUGAUGGUGACUCAGACUCACAGGAUGGAGGACGGUGCAACCGAUGGAUGAGGAGGAGGAACCUAUGGCCAUUCCGAACCCGUCAUCAACAAGUCCAUCCUCGGGCCGCAGCUCAUUGGUGGAAUUCAUGCUCUAUUCUAUAAAUCUCAUAAUCUGGCAGGAGGCACAUUAAUGACUAGGACCAGGAAUCAACAUUAAGAAAGAGAACUCAAGCCCGUGAAAUCACAAAGUAUGGCCAAGAUCAGUUUCCAACCUCGUAACCUUCAACGCAUACCAGAGACUAUAUGCCAAACUCUAAUCUUUUUCCUGCAACUUUCCAUUUCAAUCAAGAUUGUGUUCAAAGUUUAUCUGUAACAAGAAAUCUUCAAUAAAAUCACAUCAAUCCGAGUUGUGAUUCA